UGAAAGGGUCUUGUGCUCAAAAGUCGUGUAGUAACGGUGGAUUCUGUGAUGGACAUGAAGACACAAGGAAGUGUUUUUGCCGAGUGGGGUUCUCUGGUGAUAGCUGUUCUACUGAGUUUGGUAUCCCCCAAGAGAUGCAUACACAGAAUAUACAAUAUCCUCUGCUUGGAAAUGUACUUCUACCAAAAAGAAUGAAUUGUCCUUUGAAUGAGGAGUGUCAAAUACAGCUUCUAAUUACUGGAAAAACGGGAUUUUACAUUACUACUAGCACUGACUCUACAAGUGUAGCGGUCAAGGAAAUAAAGGAAGCUCGUGUAUCUAAGGAUUUCCUCGCUACAAUAACAGUUGUCAACAAGAAAACUGGCUCUCAUCAGCUCUGUGUGGGCAUUUCUCCUGAUAGAUACAGUAUCGAAACAGACAAAGUUUGUUGCAGUAUCUCCACCCAGAACACAGAUUAUAUUACCUGUGAGGACGUCUCCGUUGACGACUGCAGCGAUCCAGCAGCGCUCAAUAAUAUUUGCUCAGAUCCAACCACGGCUACAUUCUGUAGAAAAUCCUGCAAUCUCUGUCACAACAUACCUACAACUUUGAAAAAUACUGACAAGGUAUGA